UUGCCGACAACUACGGCGGCUUAUAAGGGUCAAUAUACUGUGCAUCGCUGAAAGACUAGCUAGCCGUCUUCUGAUAUUGGUGUCCGCUUAAAAUAGGCCAACCCACGCUGAAAGUAUGAAGUUGCGCGUUAGGGUAGGCAAACAGACCAGUCGUCUGGACCUGGAAGGAGAUCAAGCCACUCUGACCGAACUUACUAUUCAAAUCAAGGAAAUAUUUCUGCCAUCUUGUGAAAUCAGUCCAGACACAGAGUUCGGCCUGUCUUUGAAUGGAAAGGAGCCUCUCAGUGACACGGGGCAGACUCUAGCCUCCUGUGGGAUUGUUUCAGGCGACCUGAUCUGUGUCAUUCUACCCCAGUCGUGCCCAGCACCAGGCCUGUCUCUUCCAACCACAUCACAGAGGCCCACCUCCAGCAGCAAGGCCCCCCAUAAAAUGCAGGAACCAUCCACAUCUACACCUCCACAACGCUCUGCAGAGCCUGGCCCUAGCACUAGCCAGAGGAGCUCAUCCAACCCAGACACUGAGGUAGACCUUGAGAUGGACGAAGAGGCUAUCUCAGGUCCCUUCAUCCCUGAUCCCAUGCUGUGCAGUGAGGCAGAGGAAGGAAAGGUCCCCCACUCUCUGGAGUUGCUGCACCAUGGCUCCCAGAGCCGCAGUUCCAACGACUGCCUCAUGGUGGCUCUGCACCUCAUCAUGCUGGAGACAGGCUUCCUUCCACAGGGGUCAGAGGGAAGAACCAGUGAAAUGCCCACAGGCUGGCGUGGAGCAGGGGGCAUGUACAGACUGCAGUACAUCCACCCUCUCUGUGAAAACAGUCUGGCCGUGGUUGUGUCCGUCCCUAUGGGCUCAAUGCUGGUCACCAAUGCCACUUUGAAGAUGAAUGACACGGUGGACAAUGCAAGGAAGCUGGAGCUGAAAUCAUCAUCCUUUGUGACAGAACAUUGGGCAGGUGAAAAUGCGGAAGCUGUCUACAAAGACUUGAGGAAGCUGUCUCGUGUUUUUAAAGACCAACUUGUGUACCCUUUGAUGGCAUCGGCCCGGCAAGCAAUGGGCCUCCCUGAGUUAUUUGGCCUACCGGUCCUGCCUCUGGAGAUGCUGCUGAGGAUACUGCGGCUGCUGGAUGUGGCCUCAGUGAAUGCUCUCUCGGCCGUGAGCAGAGACCUCCGCAGCGCCACAGAAGACCCCUCUCUCUGGAGGCACAUCUUUCACAGGGAUUUCAGAGCUUGGAGCAGCCAGCGGACAGAACCCAGAGAUACAGACUGGAAGGAGCUUUACAAAACGAGAUUUAAGCAGCGCAAGGAGAUGAGAAGCUUCAAGCCCAGCCGUCACCCCUGCCACAUCCCUCCCAUAUACCCCCUUCACCCCCUGCCCACACCUCCAGUUCCCCUGCCCCUGUACCCCCCGGGCAUCAUUGGUGGAGAAUAUGACCAAAGGCCUGGCUUUCCCCAUGGCCUUCUGCCACGCCCACGCUAUGACCCCAUUGGUCCGUUGCCUGGUCAGGACCCAGGAUUUGGAUUGCCGAUUGGACGGCGGUCAAUGAGACCGUCAGGGAACAGGCCUGCAGAUAUUCGGCGAGGCUUCAUCUGACAUUUUGCACACAACCGCUGUUCAGAUAACAUUACUUUAACCAUAAGGCACAUAGACAUCUUCGAACAUUGUAAAACCAUGGUGUGUUAAUUUUCACCUUCAAUAAAAAACAUUAUAUCCAA